AUGUCCUCCCAGGAGGUACCUUCACCCAAGCGGCGCAAGGUACGCAAGGGGACGUUCAGUUGUUGGGAGUGCAAGAAUCGCAAGACCCGCUGCGAAUUCAGACCGCCAUCCUCCGUGUGCACGUCUUGUCAGCGGCGGGGACUGACCUGCACAAGCCAGGAUGUCGACCUUGACUCUAGGCAUGAGAGAAUCGCGGAAAGUAUCGCCCACGUCGAAUCACUGGUGAGCCAGCUGGUACAGCAGAGGAAUGGACUCCGGGCGACCAAUCUUGACAACAGGAUUUCGGCUACAGUCCCGAACACGUCGUCCGUACGCUCCGUGAGCAUGGUUUUGCACUCGCUCCUCCCACCCCCGACCAUCACCGCACAAAUCCUGGAGCGCGGCAAUUACUGGCGCCUCCCCAUCCCUCGGUUUUGGACUGGUGCGGAGCAGCUGGCACAGGCGUCGAAGCGGCCCUCGCCGUCGGCCCAUCCUAUCCACUUCGCUCGCAAGUUGGUACAGCUCGCGCUGUGUAUGCAGCAUCUCAAUUAUGAGCCAGCAUACGAUGCCGUGCCCUACUUCGAAGCUGCCUCACGCCAUGUCACGUCCAGGGACGGGCUGAUAAGUUCUCCGAUCGGCCUGGAAACGUUGAUGCUGGAGGCGAUGUAUCACAUCAAUCGGGGCGAAUUACGCCUUGCGUGGCUCACGUUUCGCCGGGCCCUGGCAAUCGCCCAGAUGAUCGGGCUUGACCGUAUGGCGCAUAACCCUCCAGCAGAAGCCCUUUGGUUUGCCUUGAUGUGCGGUGAUCGCUAUCUUUCGCUCACCUUGGGUCUCCCGUUGGAAGUGGCAGAUAACAGCUUUGCAGUCCAUGGAGACGACGCAAAGUCAGCACUGGAACGCUUCCACGCUGUGGUCACAGGUCGGCUGAUAGCACGAAACGCACGUAUGCAGAACUGUCAAGAGUCUGAAGACGAAGAGACGUUGGACAUCGACUACUCUUUGAAACAGGCGGUAAAAUACGUACCAGGAACCUGGUGGUUCUUCGAACCACUUCACAAUCUCCCUGAGGAGGAAGUAAUGAAAGAAACAAUGAAGACAGUCACGCAAAUGCACCAUCACUACCUUAUAGUCCUCCUACAUCAGCCUUACCUAAUUCACGGCCUUCAAUACUCCACAUGCAGUGAGAACGUCUCAUACAGCAAAUCGGCUUUGCCCUCAGCAUGUCGCCAGGUGCUCCUCCGCUUUCUUGUGCUCCGCAAAUAUCAUCGGGGAGUCUCGUACCGGGGACUCGACCACAAAGCCCGCCUAGUCGCGACAUCUCUUCUCCUUGCGCAUACAGAGGGACGCCGUCACGGCCGGAAAAAUGCCCUCGAACACCAGCGGCCACAGGAUCUGGAAAUCAUCAACAACGUGGUUGGCCUUAUCGAAGGGAUAACUGUAGGCGACUCAGGGGUGCAGACCCUCAGGAAGCUCAUAGCGCUCGAGGAAGACGCUGCGAACGGUACGAGCUAUCAGUGGGCGAAUGAAGGCGGUAUGGGUCUAGAACUGAAGAUACCAUAUUUUGGAACAAUAUAUGGCAAACCGGUAGGCUUGCUAGGUGUGCCACCCCAUCAGAUCGGCCCGCCACCGCUGAGCACAGGCGCAAUUGGUAACAUAACAAUGUCAACUGUGUGA